CACGCCAUUCCUUUCUCCAUCUCUCUUUCUCUCUCUCCCCCCCUCUCGCUAUCAUAUCAAAUCCCAUCUCGUUCCCAAGAAUCCAAAUAAAGCCCACAAAAGAGUGGAGAAGAGCAACUGGGAGCGCAGUGAGACAUGGAGGGGGAAACUUUUGCAAUGGCGCAAAAGAUCGCUUUUUGCUGAAUUAUUUUUUUAUUUGUUUAGGCGCUUCUUUAUCUCGAUCGAAUUUGCCAUAUCUUGAUCGCUUUCGAGCAGCUGUUAUUGUUGUUAUCUUCUUUUUGUUGUUGGUAUUUGGCGCUGUUUGAGGAAAAAGAAAUGGCUGCGGUGACGGAGAACGCGAUCGGGUCGGACGAUCAGUUCAUCCGCUGCCAGUCCCCGGCGCCGACGCCGGCGGAAGUUGAGACUGAGUACCAGAGAGACGUGAGGAAGCUGGUGAAUUUUCUGUCGAAAUUGAACCCCUCCGCCAAGGAGUUCUUCCCUUCUUUGCACACCGCUCGCGACGGCCGGAAAUACGAUGGCCGGCUGUCUGCCGAUGCACCCAUUUUUGUGGCGUCGACUGAUUGUUACGGUAACGGAGUGAUGGGUAAUGGUGGCAAUAAAGAUUCGAGCAGCGAUGGUUCAUCCAAUAGCCAGCCAAAUCGCAGAAGGGGAAGUGGUUAUGACCAGGGGUGGAGGAAGACGAAAGAUAGAGUUCGAAAAGCUCAGACUGAGGAGAGCAUUAGGCGAACUGUGUAUGUUUCUGAUAUUGAUCAACAUGUGACUGAAGAGAAGCUUGCUGAAAUAUUUGCUACCUGUGGCCAAGUAGUUGAUUGCCGAGUUUGCGGUGAUCCUAACUCAGUUCUCCGAUUUGCAUUCAUAGAGUUUUCUGAUGAGGAUGGCGCUAGAGCGGCCCUAAAUCUUGGUGGGACCAUGCUAGGGUACUAUCCAGUCAGAGUCUUACCUUCCAAGACUGCAAUUCUGCCUGUGAACCCAAAAUUUCUUCCUAGGAUAUCAAUGCAGUCUGACAAUGAAAAGGAAAUGGUUGUAAGGACAGUAUACUGCACGAAUAUUGAUAGGAAGGUCACACAAACAGAAUUAAAAGCUAUCUUUGAGCAAUGUUGUGGUGAGGUCUCUCGUUUGAGGCUUCUUGGUGAUAAUAUGCACUCAACACGUAUCGCAUUUGUCGAGUUUGUACGGGCAGAAAGUGCUAUAGUAGCCCUGAAUUGUACUGGCAUGGUUUUGGGAGCGCUACCGAUCAGAGUGAGUCCUUCAAAAACACCAGUGAGGCCUCGUGCACCACGAGCUGCAUCGAACUGACUUGGGCUUAUCAUCAGCUGAACUCGUUGCAGUUCUCAACGUAACCUGACUAAGGGCUCUAUUGGAUUUCCAUUUAUUAUUGGCAAAACGAAGAAAAAAUCCUGCAAUUUCCUUCCAAACAGGCUUUAAUGUUGGAGUAUUUUCUGCUGUAUAACGGGCUUUCUUUCUUUUAUUUGUUCCUUGUAUCAAGGGGGUCAAAUAACCUUUGUGGGCAACAGAUUUGGUCUCUGUAUCUGAUCUCAUUUGCCUGUUACUUUAGCUGAACUACUUGGAUAAUCUAUGCAAUUACGUGAAGUUUUAGUACUGCCUCAUUUCUUUAUCUAUAA